AUUAAUUAAGAGACAGAACGAUUAGAUCCUUUUUUGUAGGAAGGAGAGACUAAUUGAAGGAUUAUGUCUUCCUUUCUAUCAUGCCAUCGACCUUCCACUCCAAUUUUUGCUUCUCUUUCUUCUGAUUUUCCUUUUCUAAUUACUCUCUUCCUUCAGGGCUUGGGAAGAAUUAGAGGCGAGCAAAAGGAGGAGAGCCAAAGGGGUAAAGAUUCUUAAACAAAAGCUUUUUUUCAUGUUGAAGUAAAUAGUUAUAAUUGGAAAGAAAGAAAAGCUAGGAGGCCGGUGAAAAUGGCGGACGACGAAUCAUCACCUUCACCUGAUCAAUCACCACCGUCAGGAUCAUCAUCAUCGUCAUCACCAGAUUCAUCACCACCACCACCACCACCAACUCCUUCAUCCUCCCCGCCACCGCCAGUGCCACCCUCAUCACCACCUCCGUCUCCUCCGGCGCCAACCGAAGACUCAUCUCCAUCUCCACCACCCCCGUCAGAGGAACCACCAUCGCCACCAACAGAGAAAUCACCAUCGCCGCCAUCGCCACCCACAGAGAAAUCACCAUCGCCGCCUCCUAAAAAAGAUAAUAAUAAUAGUGGUAAGGACAAUGACAAAAAACCUCCACCAAUUGAUCGUAACGGCGGUGGCGAGCCGCCUAAGGAUAUCCCGUCGCAACCUCGGCCGCCGAUAGAACAACUAGCUCCACCGGCACCGCUCGGUUCGUCGGCUGAAUCACCAUCCCCUUCCUUAACCGAUGGAGGCUCCGCUCCUAAAGGGCCGUCGAAAUCGAAUAAUGACGGUGGUAUCAUAACCGGAGUGGUGGUGGUUAGUGGCCUCUUGCUUUUUCUAAUGGCUGUUUGUGUAGUGUGCUUAAGAAAGAAGAAGAAAAAGAGUGAAGGUAUACCCUCUUAUGGUUGGGAUGGUGCUUCUAAAAAAUCUCAAGGUAACAAUCAAUAUUGGCAAUCAUCUCCUCAUGACCACCACGCAGUCAAGAUCCCACCACCUUCCGGCGGAGGCGGUUGGGGACAUCCAAAUGGUACAACUAGCGACGAAAGCGGACAUGGCCCAAAUGCGGCGGCGAUGGCGGCGUCAAUACCAACAUCUCCAAGUCUAACACUGGGUUUUAACAAGAGCACCUUCACCUACGGCGAGCUAGCGGCGGCGACGAACGGGUUCGAUAGGUCGAGGAUGUUAGGGCAAGGUGGUUUCGGAUACGUACACAAGGGUAUUUUACCUAACGGAAAAGAGAUCGCCGUUAAAAGCCUUAAAACUGGUAGUGGACAAGGAGAGAGAGAAUUUUCGGCGGAAGUUGAGAUUAUUAGUCGUGUUCAUCAUCGACAUCUUGUAUCCUUGGUGGGUUAUUGUAUUGCUGGUGGACAACGGAUGUUGGUCUAUGAGUUUGUUCCUAAUGACACUUUGGAAUUCCACCUCCAUAAAAAAGGUGAAUUGGAUUUUCCAACUAGGCUUCGCAUUGCACUUGGAUCGGCUAAAGGGCUUGGUUAUCUUCAUGAAGAUUGUCACCCAAGAAUCAUCCAUCGUGACAUCAAAGCUUCUAAUAUUUUGUUGGAUGAAAACUAUGAGGCCAUGGUUGCUGACUUUGGACUAGCUAAGCUUACCUCUGAUACAAACACCCACGUCUCUACUCGUGUGAUGGGAACUUUUGGAUAUUUGGCUCCAGAGUAUGCUUCAAGUGGCAAGCUAACAGAAAAGUCGGAUGUUUUCUCAUAUGGUGUCAUGUUGCUAGAAAUUAUAACUGGACGUCGACCAGUUGACCCUCACAUGAAGUACAUGGAAGAUAGCUUGGUUGAUUGGUCCAGGCCGCUCCUAACAAAAGCCUUGGAAACUGGGAACUACCAUGAGUUUGUUGAUCCACGUUUGGAGGGAAACUAUGACCCGAGUUUAAUGAAACGAAUGGUAGCUUGUGCUGCUGCAUCCAUUCGCCAUUCUGCUAAGAGGCGUCCUAAAAUGAGCCAGAUUGUUCGAGCAUUGGAAGGAGAUGUCUCACUUGAAGACCUAAAUAGUGAAGGUGGAAAGAUAGGGCAAAACUCAAUGUUAAGCUCAUCAGAGGGCUCAGAUUAUGAUUCUCGUGCAUAUAGUAAAGAUCUAAAGAGGUUCAGACAAAUGGCAUUGGCAACUCAAGAUUUUGCAAGCAGUGAAUAUGGAGCAACCACUAGCGAAUACGGGUUGAACCCGUCUAGUAGCUCAAGCGACAAUUCAAAAGAGAUGAAAAGCAAACAUAUACCCUAAAAAUGUUUUAACUAGACUAAUUAAUUUAUUGCAUGAAUUGGAUUAUGGUACACAUUCUAAUUGUUUUUUUAAUCAUAUAGAGAUUAAUCCA